AUGGAGUCGGACGAGGAUUUCAUGAGCGUUGGCUCGAGCCCUGAUGACUUCAUGGAUCAGGGCAGUGAUGAUGAGAGUUUAGGUGACGAUUUCGGCGAUGACUUCGACGGUGGCUUCUCCAAAGACAAAGAUAUCAUCGCCACGUCACGAAAACCCUACGAGGUCGAAUUCAAGGUGUUGAGCCCCGAGGAUAUCGACCGGGAACAGAACCAGCAGAUCAGCGAAGUCUCCUCCGUUCUCAGCCUACCGCCCGAGUCCGCCGCCAUUCUCCUGCGCUUCGGACGAUGGAACCGCGAGAAGCUGAUCGAAUCCUACAUGGAUCACCCGGAGGACACGUUAGAGGAGGCCGGUCUCGGCACCAACUUCCAGGGCUCGCCGAAGACUGAGAAGGUGCCGGGGUUCAUGUGCGAUAUCUGCUGCGAGGACGGGGACGAUCUGGAAACCUACGCGAUGCGUUGCGGCCAUCGCUUCUGCGUCGACUGCUACCGACAGUAUCUCGCCCAGAAGAUCCGUGGCGAGGGCGAGGCCGCCCGGAUAGAAUGCCCCGGGGAGGGCUGUCAUAUGAUUGUGGAUUCGAAGUCGUUGAGUCUGUUGGUGACGAAUGAUCUGAAAGACCGAUAUAACACGCUUCUUACGCGGACCUAUGUCGACGACAUGGAGAAUCUCAAGUGGUGUCCGGCGCCGAACUGCGAGUACGCCGUCGACUGUCCGGUCAAGCAACGCGACCUGCGACGGAUCGUGCCGACAGUGCAGUGUGUCUGUCGCCACUUUUUCUGCUUUGGAUGUACGUUAAAUGACCACCAGCCGGCGCCCUGCACGCUGGUGAAGAUGUGGUUGAAGAAAUGCGAGGACGACUCGGAGACAGCCAACUGGAUCUCGGCCAACACGAAGGAAUGCCCCAAGUGCCAUUCGACGAUCGAGAAGAACGGCGGCUGUAACCACAUGACGUGCCGGAAGUGCAAGCACGAGUUCUGCUGGAUGUGCAUGGGCCUGUGGUCGGAGCACGGAACCAGCUGGUACAACUGCAACCGGUACGAGGAGAAAUCCGGGUCGGAGGCGCGCAGCGCGCAGGCGCGGUCGCGGGCGUCCCUGGAACGCUAUUUGCACUACUACAACCGCUACGCCAACCACGAGCAGUCGGCCAAGCUGGACAAGGAUUUGUACCUGAAGACGGAGAAGAAGAUGACCAGUCUGCAGUCGCAGUCGGGGCUGUCGUGGAUCGAGGUGCAGUUCCUGGACACGGCGUCGCAGGCGCUGCAGCAGUGCCGGCAGACGCUGAAGUGGACGUACGCGUUUGCGUACUACCUGGCGCGGAACAACCUGACAGAGAUCUUCGAGGACAACCAGAAAGAUCUGGAGCUGGCGGUGGAGAAUCUGAGCGAAAUGUUCGAGAAGCCGGUGCCGGAGCUGGCGAACCUCAAGGUGGACAUUUUGGAUAAGACGGCCUACUGUCAGAAACGUCGGGUGAUUCUGCUGAGCGACACGGCAGAGAACUUGAAAAAUGGUACGUGUGCCCGACGAGAAGCCACGGCUGAUGCGGAAACUGACUUUGACGCAGGAGAAUGGACUUUCAAUGUGGAAUGGUAA